CAACAAUGUAAGAGAAUGCCUUUCCCUCCUCCAAAGGAUGUCAGGCAACACAACAUAGCCAAAGGUGUAUCAAUCGAUUCAUUGCUCUUCAAAGAUGUAAUAUUAAUUCUCGAGUCUGGUACAUAUAAUGUUGUGGUUCCAAUUGUGGGUAGAAACAUUGUGAUCAUAGGAAUUGGUGAGGUGACGAUCAAAAACCCUUAUUCGCAUGUGUUUUCUGGCAGUAAGAACAAAAUUGUACUAUAUAAUAUUAAUAUCGAAUGCACUCAAGGACACUCUCUAGUCCUGGAAACAUCUCAUGUUUUUAUAGACAAUUGUCAGUUUACCAAAUGUUCUGGUUUAAUGCCACCUAUUUGUAUUGAUGGGCGUGGAGCAACACUUUUUAUGAAUAAAUGUGUUGUUUCCAAUUCAAGGAACUCUGGUGGUAUUUUAGUAAUUUCUGAUGCCAAAGCCAAGAUCACAAAUUGCAACAUUUAUGAUAUCGGAUUGAACGCAAUUGAAGUACGAUAUGGAUCUAGUUUAUAUGCUGAGAGAAAUGAAAUUCACCAUAAUAAGCAAGGUGUUUUGGUAUGGUUGGAUGCCAAUGAAGUCACGCUUAUUGAUAAUAUUAUCCGUGAUAAUUACGCAGAAGGAAUUUAUGUCAACGGCAACCGUGAACCUGCCAUAUCAAAAAAACACAAAGGAUUUCUACCCCCUGGCUUUCGCGAAGAAGCCGCAUUUGAACCACCACCUACGUUAUCUUACACAAAGCCUUCACAGACAGCUGUUAUAUUAAAGAAGAAUCGGAUCCUAAAGAGCGGAUCCUUUGGUAUUUCUGUAGAGCAAGGAGCUAAAUUGCGGAUGGAGGAAAAUGAAGUAGCAGCCAGCGGUACUACUGGAUGUGUUAUUAAGGGAGGAGCUGAUGCCUAUCUCUUAGACAACAAAUUUCAUCAUAAUAUGUCACAUGGUAUCGAAAUCGGUAUAAAUUAUAAGGGAAAAGUAGUUGUGGAAAACAACCAUAUUCAUUCCAAUAAGAAAGGAAAUUUUUCACAACCCACAGCAGAUACAUUUCGUGAUAGUAGCAUUAUCUUCGGAAUAGAAACGCAUCAAUUGUUCACUCCAAUUAAAGUGAUCAAUAAUAAAAUUGAAGAUAAUGACUCAAAUGAACAAGAAUUUGUUGAUUUCAACGUGUCUUCUAAUCGUCCAGGAAUGCAUUUAUUCUAUGAGGGAGAGCCUUUUCUCUACGCCAUUGGUAAUACAUACGGCUUCAAUCUAUUGAAGGAUCUUGACAUCGGUGCCGCUAUCUCUGAUAAAUCAUAUACGGCUACGACGGAGACUUCAGCAAUAAGAACAACUUCCCAAGUUAAAAGUAAACAAGUGUCUAUGUUUUUAGGUGGUAUCGGUGAUUUGCGUAAUAUUGUCGAAACUGUUCAUGGUCUUACGAACUCAACAGAAGGUCAGAUCGAGAAUUUCAGCAUUAAAUUACUUUUUACAAUAAAUGAUUUCAAUCCGACAAUACUUACUCGUGAUUUAGUGCUUCUUGAAAUGAUUAGUAGGUUACCAGACCCAAAACCACAGCCUUUCAUAAAUAUAAAAAAUCUUUAUAGCCAAUGGAAUAAAGACUUUGUCGUUGGUGUAACAGAAAUUCUGUCAGUAUGGGGUGAAAAAAUCAUUAGCUCUAAUUCUUAUAAUAAGCUGAGCAGUUGCAUACAAAGUUUAAUUGAAGCUUUUGAAAAUAAUAUAGACACAAGUAAUAAAAAAAGCAAGAACAUUAGCUUCAAUAAGAAACUCCCAUCCUGGAUUUCAUUUAAAUAUUCAUCGAGCACGGCAUCUUCCGUAUUACGAACGUUGCGAUGCUGGCAAGAAAACAAACUUACAGCUACAGCUCUAAAUUGGGAUACCAAACAAUCGGGAUAUCUGCUUGUUGGAGGUUCUUCGCCAGAAACUGAAAGAUUGGAAGAUCUUAAAAAAUACUGUAAAGUGUACGAAGAUAUCGAUAAAUACACUUGCUGUCAAUUACCAAUUAGCUCUCAAGCUCAAACAUGCAAUAAUGAACAUGAAAUCUUACGUCCUGGAGCCAGACGCAAUAUGGUUAAUGUUACAAUGUUAACAGUUCCUACGAUGGAAUAUAAUGUUUUUCGAACUUCUAGUAUUUUCCGCGCAUUUCAAGUUGCUUGUGACAUUCCGCGAUCUGGUGAAAAACGUGAGGAUUCGAUCGAGGACCUAACGCUUUAUGAUCAUUUAUUGUUAACUUUAUUACCAAAGUUAAUAUCUCUACGUGCGUCAUUGCGUGGGACUUCUUCAGUGCGGAUACAAGUUAUGCCAUUAUUGGGAGAUGUCAUAGACAUCUUGCUCUGUCAUUUACCUUCAUCUGUGAGAUUCAAUGCUAUUGACUGUUCGAAUUUGGCUGAUUAUGUAUCUCUUCUUAGUAUACUCUUGACUGCUGCACCUAGAUUAAAGGAUAAUUCUCCGUUAACGUUGCAAUUAAUGAAAUUGUUACAACCACCUGCCAAACCCAUGAAAGAGUUUGUUGAGGAACGACUUGGAUUGAGUUUAAACAUUCUUGCACGCUUGACAGGUAUUACAUUCUUAAACGCUUAUUACCAAGAUUACGCGGUAUAUGUCACAUGGAAUUUUGAUAUAACAAACAAAGUUGAAGACAAGCUUGAUACAUUAAUGACUGAUGUAAUAUCAGUCGCAAAUAUCUGUUGUACAGCUCAUAUAAAUCGUAUUAAAGGGCUCAGCGUCAAUAUACUCGUACGUUUAUUUCAAAUAAUGAUUUUUCGAUUUCCCGAAAAAACAAUGGCACAAUUGUUACGAACUCUCUUUGCGUCUGAUGGAUUCAAGAAGCAUAUCCCGAAUUUUGUAAUGCAUCUCGUCGAGUUAAAGACUUUUAUGACAUUGCAUUUGUCUUGGUCAAUGGUUAUAAGACUCGAGGAGUUUAAAGAUUUGAAAGUAUCUAUUGGUCGAUAUACUUUGAGAUGGAAAACGGAUAAGAUAGAAAAGUCAAAAAUAUUUACUCUGACGAAUUUGACGGGGACGUCAAAAGUGCAUUCGGAAGCAGAAAUAUGGCUACGAUUAAUCAAGCCGGUUCCCGCUGGUAAUGUACAGAGACGAAAAAAGGAAGGAAGUAAUAGUACUAGUAACUUUUCAAACGAUCAGGAGCCAACUCAUUAUUAUUUUGAUAGCGUUUCUUUGAGCGCUAUUGAGGCACCUCUAAUUACCAUCACAUUCCACCUCCCGGUUUCAUUUUAUGACUCCCAUAAAGAUUGGAUUUUAGAAUGUAAUGUCGGCUCAGAAACGAUUCUUCUAGCCUCAAAGAAGCUAAAAUUAUCCAAUGCAACUCAGAAGAGUGUGUAUCAUGACACAUGGGUUGAUGUCUCAAGAACUGGAGAUAAUAACGAAACUGAAGAUUAUCUAACUGAAAAAGAUGACAAAGAUGCAAAGGUAUGCAAACGAUGUGGAAAGAUGAGCACCACAAGAACUGGUGGUGGAAGAUGUGUAAAGUGUAAAUCUGUAUUUUAUUGUAGCAAAGAUUGCCAAAAAGAGGAUUGGAAAAGACACAAAAAAGAAUGUAACUUUGACCCAGUCAUAGCCACUAAACCAACUUUAUCCACGUUAACUGAUGUCUCGAUAACUGAAGAAGAUAAUAAAAUUAAAGAUAAUAGUGAAGUCGAAGAUAAUGAGACUAAAAAAAAUGAUGCAUGCAAACGAUGUGGAAAAACAAGCACCGUAGGAGCUGGUGGUGGACUAUGUUCCAAGUGCAAAUCAGUGUUUUAUUGUAGCAGAGAUUGUCAGAAGGAAGAUUGGAAAAGACACAAAAAGGUGGACUGUGUUGGCCAUGGACAAUAAAUCACCUUAAGCCUGAAUGUGUGAUUUAAUCGUAGAAUGACAAUAUUUUCACCAUAUUAACAUUUUAAUUUGUAUUUAAUGAUAAUAA